CUUCUCCACUCACGUCAAAAAAAAAAAAUGAUUUAUUAUAUUAAUUAUGAAUAAAAAUAUUAAACAAUUAAAAGUAAUAAUGAAAAAUGAAUUUGAAUUAAAUUUAAAUGAAGAAAUAUUUAUCAAAUAUAUAAAGUGUACAGUAUUUAAAUAAAAAUAUGUAUCUGUGUAUAGUUUAAAAAAAAAAACUGGAAUGUAUAUAAAUAUAUGGAUUGAAUAGUAAAUAGUAUCGAAGUAGUUGGAGUAAAGAAUCAGGAUUGUGGUAAUUAAAGUUGCCAUCUCCAGUAAUAUACACGAGUACAGCAGAGCCAGUCGGAGUCAGAUCAUCAACAAUAGGAUAUAGGAUAGUACAGUAUAGCAUCAGCCAUCGCCUUGAAAAUUACAAUUACAAUUACUGGAUUACAGUGGGCUGCUGUAACGCAGUUUAAAUUUUGUAACGGUCGUGUCGUGUGUAUUGCAUUGCAUUAAAAUAAUAUAAAAGUCGACAAGUUAAACUUCAAAACAUAUUAAAUUAAUUAUUUUACUUUUAAUUCAUGUUUAUUUUAAAGUGCGUCUUUAUUUUUUUAUAUGUUAAACAUAUUGUGUAUGUAAACAGUAUUUUAAAUUUAAAUUGUGCAUAUGUAAUAUAAAAUAUUUUAUAUUUUUUAUAUUUAUAUACAUAUUGGGUGUAAAUGCGUAUGUGAAAAAAUUUUUAAUUAUUUAAAUUAAUUUUGUUUGUGCAUAAUAAUGAUUAUGACAAGAUUUUAUACUUGUAAAUAGAAAUAAUAUUUUAAUGUUUAUUUAUAUAUUUUAUAUAUUAAAAUAAAUCACAAAAAAUUACGAUGGAUAAUUCAGAUUCAUUACUGAUGUGUGCUACGGAGUUGAUAAAAGAUCGAUUUUAUUUUGUGACAUUGCAAGCUGAUGUCAAACCUAAAAGUACUCUAGACACCCAUUACUUUAGUAUCGACGAUGAAUUAAUUUAUGAAAAUUUUUACGCCGACUUUGGGCCGUUAAAUUUGGCGAUGCUUUACAGAUAUUGUAUGAAAGUUGAAAAGAAAUUGAAAACAUCGGGUUUUUAUAAGAAAAAAAUAUUACACUAUACAAUAAGUACCGAACCAGAGAAACGUGUUAAUGCAGCAUUUCUUGCUGGUAGCUAUGCAAUAUUAUAUUUAAAAAAAACAGCUAGAGAAGUAUACGAAAGCCUGGUGAAUAGUCCAAAUAGUCCACCCUACAUAAUGUUUCGCGACGCAUCAUUUGGUGCGCCGUGUUAUCAGAUCUCCUUGAAGGAUUGUCUGAGUGCCAUUUACGAGUGUCAUAGAUUGGGAUUUUUCAACUUUGACGAUUUCAAUGUCAAAGAGUACGAGUACUACGAGCGAGUAGAAUACGGUGAUUUAAAUUGGAUUGUUCCUGAUAAAUUUAUAGCAUUUUGUGGUCCACAUGCUAAACUUAACAAUGAAAAUGGAUAUCCAUUACAUGCGCCUGAAUCAUAUUUCUCUUACUUCCGUCAAAAUAACGUUACGACAAUUGUACGGUUGAAUAAAAAAAUUUAUGAUGCAUCACAAUUUAUAAAUGCCGGAUUUGAUCAUCGUGAUUUAUUUUUUCGUGAUGGUUCGACGCCAACGGAUAAUAUUGUAAGACAAUUUUUAAAAAUUGCUGAAAAUACAAAUGGUGCUAUUGCUGUACACUGCAAAGCAGGUCUUGGUAGAACAGGUUCAUUAAUUGGUUGUUAUAUAAUGAAACAUUAUCAUUUAACAGCACAUGAAACAAUAGCUUGGAUUAGAAUAUGUAGACCUGGUUCUGUUAUUGGUCAUCAGCAACAAUGGCUUGAAGAGAAAGAAUAUUCUCUUCAUUUAUUGAGAAGGGAACCAUUACAAGUAGACAGCAAUGGAAAUCCGCCUCAUUCACGUGGAAUAUAUUCAAAGUUAGGAUGCAGUGGUGGUGGAACAUCAACUUUCUUAACAUAUGCAACUAAAAUGAAUCCGACUGCUGGUACAGCAUUGGAGCAGCAUCAACAGCACGAUAAUGUAUCCGGAAUAGUACAUCGUGUAGAUGAUAUUCAUCUAGACGACUCAUCGUUACUAUCAACAACAUCUACGUCGACUACGACAUCAACACCAACAACGACAUCGACAAUCACAAGUGCUGGUAAUAAUACUAAAUUGCAGCAACAAAAGCAGCAACGCCCACAACGAUUUGCCUUAAACAUAAAAACUCAAGGAGACAAAUUGAAUGAAAUUAAAAUACGUAGACAGACGUCGUCUUAUGGUAAUAAUUUUAGUAUUGGUAGAAAAGGUAUCGGACAGCCUACUGUUAUGCUUCCUAAUUUGGGGCUGCUGUUGAAGUCAUCAACGUCUUCGUCAUCCUCCUCAGUUACAUCGAGAGCUAAUCAGAAAGGAACGAGCAAUAAUACGAUAGCUACCAUUAUUGGAUCUAAAAAAGAUAUCAAUAAACGUUUACUUUCACGUUCAAAUACUUCGGGAACAGCCACACUUGCUAAAAGAAAUACUCGGAGAUUGAGCUGCAGUGGUAACAGUACCAUUAACAGACCAUCUCCAUGCUACAUGAGGUCUAAAUCAACAACGCAGAUGCAUAAUAAUCAUAAUAAAAAUAGUGUUCUGAUGUCUAACUGCAGCAGCGUAAUAAGAUCCGGUUGUACGAAUACUAAACCAAUAACACGAUCGUUUGCUUCACGUGAACCAGCCUCGCUGUCAUCACCUACAAAUAUUAUCACACAAAUCCGCCGCCCGACUUUAUUACCUUCAACUGCUCCUACAACAACCACUUCAGUUACUAAUAAUAAUAAUAAUAACAAUAACAAUAAUAAUAAUAAUAACCAAAAUUCAACUCAGCAACAAUUGUCAACAAAUACAGGCAGCAUGGUACUAAGAUCUGCUGAUCGUGUAAAUCGUUACUUCUCUAAAAAAGAUGGUAUCAAGCGGCGUAGACGCCAGCGGCGGAGUGUCAUCACUGGGGAAACGACGAGCCGCAGGACUUCAGCGAGGCAGCAGCAACAGCAACAACGAUGAUGAUCAAGAUUAUUAAUGGAUAAUAUCUAAAAUCUAAUCACGGCAAUUUUAUUUUUUAUUUUUAAUAAUCACCUUGCAAUUUAUAAUAAUUAACAUCCCAGAUAGAAAAAUAUUAUAAUUUAAUUAUACUAUCGAUAGAUAUUGUCGUUAUAAUUAUGGAGAAAGUGCUCUGGAAAUUCCGAGCUCGAGUUUUAAUUGAUAAAAAGAUCUCGGUGCUUCAGUUGUUAAUUGGAAAUUAUUUUACUAUCAAUAAGAUAUUUUAUUUUAAUUUUUAUUUAUAACCGCGUUCAUGUUUCGGUAAACUGUAAAAAAUUUGCGGAGUGAAUCAGGAGUGAAUGAUUGUGUAUUUAAUCCCCUUGGAGUAAAAUUCACUCCAAAAGGAAGUUUAUUUUAAUAUUAAAACUCUGGUUCUAAGUGAAAGUAACUCCUAAAAAGAGUUUAUUUUAAUUUUAAAAUUCCGAAUCGGAGUGAAUGCGAAUUUUAAAAAAAUCCAAAUCACUCCACUGGAAUAACAAACUUCGUAUGCGAGUGAUUUUUUUUUUAAAUCCGGAACUCCAAGUGACGGAGUUAAUUCAAAUUUAAAUAAAAUCCGUAAUCAUUCCGAAUUCACUCCCGAUUGCUUAGGGUACACAACUUCUCUUAUCAUUAAUUAAAAAUUAAUUUUUGUUGUCUAAAAAAUUAUUUGUUUGACACUAAAAUAAUUUUUUAUUUAACUAAAAAAAAUUCAAAUAUUCAUAUAUAUAUAUUCAAGGGUAUACGCUACUGGACCUCUUUUUUACAAUCAGAAAAAUAAACGGGACUUUUUUUGUUGCACUCGUAGAGUAAAUGAUAAUUGUAAAACAAUUUUUCUCGGAGACGGAUUAGAAUUUUUGAAAAUACGAAAUUUCGUCCUUUAUUAAGGUUUUAAAAAACGCUAAAGACUAAAUUUUAGGUUUUCAGUGUUUGUCCGUGAAUUAAAUUGAUUUGAAAAUCAGUUACCGUUACCUUUUGAGUAUGAUCAGAUAUAUGCAUAUAUGAUAUCAGAUAUAGUUAUAUAUACUCAUACCUGAUAUCAUGUAUGAGCCAUAAGAGUAAAUGCGGCAUCAUAUAUGAACAAUUAAAAUCAUAUAUAUGAAUAUAUGACUAAAAAUAAUGACAUCUAUGUGUUAUCAUAUCAGUUAUGAAUUUCCUAACCAUUUUCUUUUGAUAAUAAUGACAAUAUUAUACUUUUCCACUGGGAUAAUAAGUAAUACAGAAAAUGAUAAUCAUAAUAAUAAUAAUAAUAAUAAUAAUAAUAAUAAUAAUAAUAAUAAUAAUAAUAAUAAUAAUAAUAAUAAUAAUAAUAAUAAUAAUGAUAAUUAUUAAAUAUACAAUUUAAUACAAGCAGAU